UCAUAAAUUAAUUAUACAAUUCCCGAAACCCUCUUCUACUACGAAGCGCGAGGAGGUUCUCGACCACGAUCUCCGCGAAAGCCAUCGACGGUGCCGGCAGAUUCUAAAGGAAAAGUAGAGUUCGUGCUUCGGGGAAGAGACGCCCGGAUUUAGAUUAAAUUCGUGGAAUCCUUGGAUUUAGUAAAUCCGAGGUUUAAGUGUGUAAAGCGAAGCCUUCGCCAUUUCCUUUCGCGUUACGUGAUUUCUUGAAGUUCUUUCUCCGGCAACUAAUUUGCCCUAGGAAACAUGCAGGCCAGUGAUAGGUUUAACAUUAACUCCCAGCUUGAGCACCUUCAAGCUAAAUAUGUUGGAACAGGGCAUUCUGAUAUGAAUAGAUUUGAAUGGGCUGUUAACAUUCAACGUGACAGUUAUGCAUCUUAUGUUGGGCACUACCCCAUUUUGGCAUACUUUGCCAUUGCAGAAAAUGAAUCAAUUGGAAGAGAGCGCUACAAUUUUAUGCAG